ACCGCAUCCAGUCUCUUUGCCAGUGCAAUACAGGACCCUCUCUCACGAUUCUGGCCAUAACGGUCCCCAAUAGAGGAACGAUAGAACCGUCUCCGUUCACUGUGGAUUAACGAUCCGCAUAUUUCUAGCCGGACCGUUUCGGGAGGUGCUCUGCAUUUUAUUUCCGGUGGUGGAGAAGUGCAGUUGCCAUGGUAAUUAAAGAAAGGCCGAGGUCUGUCCGACUGCCGUGAGCUGGUUGUGGAAUCCGUGCAGAAAACAGGCUGCGGUUCCUCGUUUGUGAGCUGGAAUUAGAAUGGCCACCAGUCCUGGAAGUGAUGCAGCUUUCUCCACUCAGAAAUCAACACUUUCAGAGAGUCCUCAAACAAAGAAAUUUCCACUAACUGAAGAGGAAAUAUUUUAUAUGAAUUGUAGAGCUGCCUAUUUAACUGUUUUCAAAAGCAGCUUAGAAAACAUUAUUUCUAAAGAGCAACUUUACUUAGCUCUUCAGCAUGCAGGAAGAAAUCCAUCCCAAAAGACUAUUAAUAAGUAUUGGACUCCUCAAACUGUCAAACUGAAUUUUGAUGAUUUUUGUAUAAUUUUAAGAAAGGAAAAACCUACUUCAAAAGCAGAACUGCUGAAAUCAUUUAAGCAAUUAGAUGUAAAUGAUGAUGGCUCUAUUUUACACACUGACCUUUAUAAACUUCUAACGAAGAGAGGUGAGAAGAUGACUCGAGAAGAAGUAAAUGCCAUAAUAAAUUUGGCUGAUGUAAAUGCUGAUGGCAAAUUUGACUACAUCAAGUUUUGUAAAUUAUAUGUGACAACCAAUGAGAAAUGUCUCAAAACUACUCUAGAAAAACUGGAGGUUGACAGUAAACUGAAGCGUCAACAGUUUGGGAGCCACAUUGAAGGGCCCCCUGAAUGGGAUCCAUCACCAGUACCAAAACCAUCACCUAGAAUCACAAGAAAAACUGAUCAAGAAACAUUCUCAAAUAAAGGUGAUACCAAGAGCUCUUUACUGGCAACAAGCAGAAAGUUCAAAACAUCUGUUUCUUUCACAUUUACCAUGGGGGCUAAUAGUAACCAAAACUCAAAGUUAACUGAGCCAGACUCACUAAAGGAGUGGCAAUGUGUACAAUCAAAAGGUUGCUUUUUCUUAGAAGAAGAUGGUGAAAUCAUUAGUCAUCACUACAGGAUGCAAAUAGCUCAGAGAUCCAUUGUUUAUCUAACAAUUAAGCCAUUAAACUUGAGUCAAGUUGAAGGAAAACCAUCCCCGUGGUUAUCGGUCGAUACUGCCUUGUAUAUUCUUAAGGAAAAUGAGAGUCAGGCAAAUCUCCAGCUCAUAUGUUUCACUGAACUACGAAAUAGAGAAGUUUUUGGGUGGACUGGUGAACUAGGACCUGGAAUUUAUUGGUUAAUUCCUUCCACAACUGGCUGUUGGCUGAGGAAAGAAAUAAAACCAAUAACAGAAGAAGCCCAGCUUGUGUAUAGAGAUGAAACAGGAGAAUUAUUCCUUACAAAGGAAUUUAGAUCAACUUUAUCAGAUAUAUUUGAAGUAAUUGAUUUAGAUGGAAAUGGUCUUCUUAGCCUUGAAGAAUAUAAUUUUUUUGAAUUGAGAACAAGUGGUGAGAAAUGUGAUGAAGAUGCUUGGGCUGUCUGCAGAGAGAAUUUUCGUACAAAGAAGAAUGAACUAACAAGACAGGGCUUUAUGGAUCUGAAUCUAAUGGAAGCCAAUGAUCGAGAAGGAGAUCCUCGUGAUCUUUGGGUAACUCUGCACUCAAUGGGCUACAAUAAAGCUCUGGAAUUGACAGAGGCAUGCCCAUUUAUCAUUGAUAUCUAUGCAGACAAAUGCAAGCCAAGAAUUAAAGCUGUCCAUAUGGAGGGAUGUAGUGGGCAACUUGAGAAGGCCAUUUGUAAAUCUGUCCUUAACAAAGGUGAUGCCAAAGUAAUGGAUGGCUAUGAAAAUAUUAUUGUAUAUACUUACAAGCAUGACACCUGGAUAACUUCAGUUAUUGAAAACAAGUCAGAUAAUAAAGUAAUUAUUCAUAUCAACAAUGAGCUGAGUAAAAACUGCAUGAACAGCAGAGGACUCAACAUAUUUGCAGUAGAAGUGGCACCAAAGUCUACAAUGGGAUGUGGCUGUGAGAGAACCAGGGAACCCUUCCUAGGCCCCGUCCUCCUGCUGCUGCUGCUGCUGCUGCUGCUGCUGCUGCUGCUGCUGCUGCUGCUGGUCAUGCACAGCCCGUUCCAUGCCUGCCUCUUCUCUGGCAGCCUCUACCUCCUGCCACACCUCUUCUGCUUUGAGCCCUCUUGCAGGACCCUGCAGGUACUUGAGCCCUCUUGCAGGACCCUGCAGGUGCUUGAGCCCUGGGACCACAUUUCCUCCAUUGCUCUGCAAUGGUAGCCACAAUGUGCCUGAGAACAUGUUGGGGGCCCUUGGGCAGGCAGUUAAGGGUGGAGCAACAGAUGUGGAGUUGACUGUUUAGUUUACUUCUGAUGGGAUUCCUGUCUUAAUGCACAAUAGUGUGACCGAUGGGAGUGGUCAGUGUGUGAUUUGACAUUUGAACAAAUUAGAAAGUUUAAUGCUGCAGCAAAUCACAGACUCAAAAAUGAUUUCCCUGAUGAGAACAUCCCUACCCUGAGGGAAGCCAGUGCUAAGUGCCUGAACUAAAACCUCACAAUUUUCUUUGAUGUCAAAGUCCAUGUAAAAAUGGCUACUGAUGUUCUAAAAAAAAAAAAA